AUGGCUCGUUCCGCUUUUGUUUUGAUCACCAUGUUCGCCCUCGUCGCCGCCUCGGCUUUCGCUCAGGCUCCUUCCGCCACUCCUAAAGGUGAGGCUCCCACCGCCCAGCAGACUCAGCCUCCGACCACCCAGACCACUCAGCCUCCGACCCAACAACAGACUCAGCCUCCGACCCAACAACAGACUCAGCCUCCCCAGCAAGCUCAGCCUCCCCAGCAGGCCCAGCCUCCGACUACCCAGCAGACCCAGCCUCCGACCACCCAGGGUCAGGCUCCGACCAACCAAAACCAAGGUCAGGCUCCAACCUCCUCCAAGACUACUCCUUCCUCAGCCCCAACACCCUCGGCCUCCUCCCCCUCCUCAUCUUCAUCCGACUCUCCCACUUCGUCCCCAACCAGCUCCUCCCCACCGGCUCCACCAGCCGCAACCCCAUCAUCAACCGACGCCGCCGCCCCAUCCGCCUCCCCGACCGGCACCGCUGCUGCACCCGCCUCCGCCGCAACCAGAGUCUACGCCGCCGGAUCCGUGGCAGCCGUCGCCGUCGCGGCAUGGCUGUUGCACUAG